GCUCAAUUAAUUGAUUUCAUUCAUCUGUCGAUGUCCACGCACCCGUCCGUUCAUGCAUCAGUCCCGCACCUACGCAAGGCAAAAAGCAGCGACCACACCCACACCGACACGCACCAACACCAGCCCGCCCCCCAGCCCCACCAUUAGUCUACUCAUCAUCCAAAUUAAUGGCAGUGUCGAUGGAGACCCCCCUGCCAUCUCUCACAGCAGGGCGCCGCGGCAUACCCACAGGCGGCGGCCCCACAAUGGCAGAUUCACUGUACUGUGGGUAUGCCCCGGAUGAGACCUUGGGCCACUGCCACUGCCCCGCACCACUCAACCCAGCAGCCGCCCCCAUCGGCUGCUGGCCAGGCCGCAAUGGUCGUACCUCGAACAUCGUUUGCCCCGGAAGAGGAGGCCCGAAGGCCGGCGGACUGUCUGGAGCGAUGCCCCGCCCCGCUCCACCCACGCCGCUCCGCGACAGGCCAGACAUGGUCCCCUGAGGACCAGCGGCAGCCUGACGUGUGCCUUCUUGACGUAUGAUGAGUCGGUCAGUGUCAUCAGCCUCCCUCCCGCUCGCUACGGGGUUGAGGAAGGGAGGCACCUCAGGCAGACCCUCAUCACCGGGGCGGAGGGGAGGGGGGCGCCUCGCGGCAGCAGCAGGAGGCGGGGCUUGUUUGGGUGGCGGAAUGGGGGCCAAGGGCGGCCAAGCGUGUCUGGGUGGGGGCCCGCCCUUGGGUGCCGGCGGGGGUCCGCCCUUGGACUUUGGCGGAGGGCCCUUGGGCUUGGCCGCUGGUGGCGUCUUGGCUUUUGGGUGAGCGGGGGGAGCCUUGACCUUCUGCUGGAGCUUAGGAGGGUUCUUGGCCUGCUUCUUGCCCUUGGCCUGCGCCUUCUGCUUGGCUCGACCCGCACGGCUGUCUGGUGUGGGUGGACGGCUGCCCUGCCGCUGCUGCUGCUGCUGGUGCUGCUGGUGGCGCGCUUUCUUGGACUUGGGCUGCCCGUGAUGCUGCUCGGGCUGGCUCGACUGCUGCAGCUGCGGGGGAUUCUUCGGGCGCCAAUGCUGCGAACCCGCCGGUUUCGGGGCAGCAGCACUCGGCCCGGCACUGCACGUACACAGACACACCCAGAGAUACAUACAAACACACGACCAUGAGCGUCCCCUGUUUCGCCUCACUUGUGCUGCUGGCCGCCAAGGACAGGCAGGUGGAAAGAGGGUUCCCGUGCGGCCGGUGUGGGGCUCCUCUUUCGCUUGUUCUUCCUCUUGCCUUUCCUCGGGGAGCCAGGAGGGGGCGGCUCGCCGGGCAUGGGACGGCCGGGAGGCUGUACCUUGGCCGAUGGCGGUGGCGGUGGCAGGGGCGCCAACACGGGUGGCGGCCUCCACUGGUUCGGAGGGGCUGGGGGCCUGGGUUGGGGGACGACGGGUGGUGCUCGGACCUCUGUGGGAUGGCGAGGCUUGGGCGUGUGUCUAGCCGCAGGUGAAGCAGCUUUAGCGGCAGCAGGUGGCGGCUCGACAGCCGGCGGCCGCUCCCCAGACCUCCUCACCUCCAGUGGAGGGAAGAGACUUGGGAGUGAGGGGAGAGACUUGAAGUGCUCCUCGAGGCACCGCUGCUCGGGGCUGAUGGUGUAAUCGAGUGUCUCGUCCUGGCAGGCCACCUCCGUAUCAGUGCGCACUUGGGCUGGAUGGGGGUAUCUGAGCAAUGUCUGCUUGACCGCAUGAGGAAGCAGAUUGCGCCGCUGGAGUGCCGUGUACAGCCCGUGGGUCCUCUCGUAAUGAUCCACGGACACUUGGCACCGCUCGCGGAUGGUUGGGCCGUCGACCAUGGCCGUGUCACAGGGCGGCGCUGAAUGAGAGCGGUAGUCCUUGAUGGCCUCCUUGACCGCCGGCUGAUGGGCGAGAUGGACGAGAAGAGAGAGCGCCUUGCGGGACACCCGGAUGCCGCGCUGCUCCCACAGGCCCUUCUCGAUGGCCGCCAGAGGGUCAGGCACAUCCCCUUGCUGCUGCUGCUGCUGCUGCUGGCCCUCUCCUCGCUGCUGAUCCACGGCCGCGUCGCCGCCCCGGUCCCUGCCGCUCCUCUCCUCCGUGCCGCCUCUAACGACCACCCCCUCCCCCGUGCCCCCCUUCUCCUUCGAUUUCUCACCCUCUACAACAGCAGCAUCCUUGCCACUCUCUGCCACCGGGUCCGCUCGCUGCUGACCACCAGUACCUCCGGCCGCCGCUGCUGCCGGCUCCAUUCGCCCCUCCUUGACGGCACCAGCAGUGCUACGGUCUGCAUCCAACACGGACACACACACGCGAAUACAACGAAGUCCUGCACUUGACAUGUCUGGCGGCCCACCUCACCUGGUGAUGGUGUCACCCUUGCCGCUCCCGCCAUGCCCGCAAUAGGUAGAACCCUCUCUCCUGGUCCUGGUGUGUCCGCACCACGAGGCGAUGGCGCCUUGCCUUUGGGCUUGGGUGCGGCCGGGGGCCCCCAUCGACUUGCGCCGAGGACUACACCCAUGAGACCCCGCCUGGGCUCUUUGCCGACUGGACGGGAAGGCUGCAUGCGGGAUUGGCAGCGAGGACCAAAACCGGCAGAUUCCGCCGUAUCCUCAGUGACACCACCUGGCCUUCAUCCUCUAUGUCUGUGAGGUGAG